AUGACUCCCCGCGAUACUAAACCAAGCUGUAUCAUCUCGGGCCGUAUGAGGCCCGAGAAGGCACACGUUAUACCCCAAUCUCACGACAAGUGGUACACUGACAAUGCUAUGUGUGACUAUUCUCAAGGCGCAAAGUCGGUGUCAAAUAGUGACGAUAAUGUAUGCCGACUUCGUGUUGACCUUCAUAAGAUCUUCGACGAUCGCGCGUUUGCUUUUGUUCCUAAACUAGAUGAGGAAGGGCAUCAACAUACUGUCGUACACUUCUUCUCGACUACGAGCGAUUACGGCGACGCUGCUCUCAAAUAUCACAACCGCAAGGCACACAGCCUUAAUUCCGUGGCACCGCAAUUCCUGUUUGCACGAUUUGCUCUCACAGUGUUCGCCUGUAUCAAAGACUUUAUUCUAAGAGGAGAACGCCGCCGGAUCGCGGUGGUGCGUCGUGGCAUCGACUCCAGCGGCAGCCCUGCUUGGAUUACUCAAGAAGUUCAGAUGGAUCGUGCACAGCGACACAGUCAAUACGGCGGCGGAGAAUCGCGGGCCUCGAGUCCUAGUAAGAGAUCCAGGCCACAAUCAGAAUCCCAGCAAGGAGACGGUCAAGAAAGCGUAGAAGAAUUCGAGUACGCAUCGGAGGAUCCCGAGAAUAAUGAUAAUGACGGAUAUUAUACCUGCACCAUCAAAAAGACGGCGUAUUAA